AUGGCUCACUCAAAGUUGAGAUACAUUUUCCUUCCCAUUCUGGGGGCCCUUUGUGUGUAUAUUAUCAUGCACAUCCUGAUUCUUUCUAAAGGGCACUUUGUUUUCAAGGAAGAUCAUAGGGACUUCCUCCAGCUCCCGGAAAUAGACUGCAGGCAGAACCCUCCCUUCCUUGUCCUGCUGGUGACUUCCUCACACGGAGAGGUGCCUGCUCGCAUGGCCAUCAGACAGACAUGGGGGGGAGCAAGCGUCGUGGAAGGAAGACAGAUAAAGACCUUCUUCCUCCUGGGAGCCACAGCCACACAGCGCGACAUGACAGCAGUGUCUCAGGAAGGCCAGCGACAUGGAGACAUUAUCCAGAAGGACUUUGUGGACGUCUAUGCCAAUUUGACCCUGAAGACCAUGAUGGGCAUGGAGUGGGUCCACCACUUCUGCCCUCAGGCUGCCUUUGUGAUGAAGACAGACUCGGACAUGUUUGUGAACGUCUACUACCUGACCCAACUACUUCUAAAGAAAAACCGAACAACUAGGUUUUUCACUGGUGCCAUCAAAACCAAUGGCUUUCCAAUUAGGGAUAAGUCCAGCAAGUGGUUUGUCAGUGAAGAUGAGUACCCCUGGGACAGGUACCCGCCUUUUUGCUCUGGCACGGGCUAUGUGUUCUCAAGUGAUGUAGCGAGCCUGGUCUAUAAUGUUUCUGAGAGCAUCCCUUUCAUUAGAUUAGAAGACGUGUUUGUGGGGCUCUGCCUGGCCAAGCUGAACAUCAAGCCAGAAAAACUCCACUCAGAGCAGACGUUUUUCUCAUUCGGGUUACGGUUUUCAACUUGUCGCUUUAAGAAUAUUGUGACCUGCCACUUUAUAAAGCCUCCAACAUUGUUGCUUUAUUGGUAUGCUCUAGAGAAUUCCCGGGGAGAAGAGUGCCCAGAUGUCUGA